GUCCGGCCACCCGAUGGCGGGCCAGCCUUCGUCCCUUUCGGCUGGCGUAGAUCCCGCUUUCUGGGGCAGCCACCACGACUUCUCCUCGUCCGACUCCACAGCGUCCUUCUCACCCUCGCUGGGGCUCCAUCUGUCGCCCACGACCAGCGUCGCUACCCACAGCAGCAGCGUCAAUGGCAGCACGCCGCCCGCCCACACGCCCCAGUCCUCCAAUGGCAGCAGGGCCAGCUCCCAGGCCGCCCAGAAGAGCGCGCAAAAGCCGCCCGCCGGCGACCAGGCCAGAGCCUCAGUCGCCGUCGCCUGUGUGCAGUGCCGCAGCAGGCAUCUCAAGUGCGAUGGUGGAGUCCGGUGUUCCCGAUGUAAGACCGACAACGUCGAGUGCACUUACAUCAAGUCGCGGCGAGGUUGGAAGGGCAAGCGCAAGAACAAAGACGACGCCAACGCCGCCCCGCCCGCCGUCCACAGCCUCUCUGCGGCUGAGGUGUCUGUCAGCAACGGGCACAUCUCGUCGCCUGACUAUUCGUACAACAGCGACGCGUCGGCUGUGAACCAGCUUAGCCCGGCCCACGGCCUCGGUGUGCGCCCAGUCGCUUCGCCAGUCGCCCAACUCAACCUGAAUGGAACCGCACGCUUGAACCGCUUCGGCCACCAUGGGCCCGAAACGGCCGUCCAGGCAUUCUACCACUACUUUUACAAUUCGCAUCCCUUUUGCUUGCCAGAAAUGGCGCUGCUGGACGUCUUCAAGAACCGACGCGCCCCGCUCCUAGAAGUUGCCGUGCAGUUUAUUGGAUCGAGUUUCUUGCCCGCCGUGCCCACUGCCAUGUACAAGGAGGCACUGGACCGCCAUAUCAACAGCGGAAACUACUCAAGAGACGGGUGGACGGUGCAGGCACUGCUGCUUUUUGCCAUUGGGCUCCAUGCGCACAACGAGGUCCCGCGAGCCGCCCAAGUCUUUACUAUGGCCCAGGAUCUGACGCUGGAAAUUGGCCUCAACCGCAUCGAGUAUGCCAUGAUGCACGGAGGGAACAAUGCACAGCUCGAAGAGAGUUGGCGGAGGACGUGGUGGUCCAUGUUCACAGCCAACGGCAUGAUGACAGCCGUCAACCCAGGCGUGCAAUUUAGACUAAAAGACGUGGCGACAGACGUUCCACUCCCGUGUGAGAACUGCCAGUACUUUUCAGGCCAAAUCCCCUACCCAUCUACUCUGCAAGACUAUGACGACUCGGCCUUCCUUCCAUCUUUGGCCACUUUUAGCUCCUUCACGUACCUCAUUGAUGCCAUUCGGAUCCUGGGCAAAGUUUUUGAAUGCGCACGCCUUGACUCUACAUUUGAAUACCAUGCAGUCGAUGUUGUUGAUCAGUACCUGUGCAACUGGCGGCUGCACCUUCCCCCGUCGAAAAUGGAGAUUGUGAACAACGACGGCCAUGUUGACGAGGUGCUGUUCCAAGCACACAUGGUCAAUGCAGGCAGCACAAUCAUGCUACACCGACCACGAAGUAACCUCGGUUUCGGACGAGUCGAAGGCGUCAACAUUUGCGUGCAACCAGGACAAGUGUUGCUCCCGACGCAGACGCGGGAAAUCCACACAGCCAAAUGCCUUACCUCUGCUGAGAAUAUUUCGUCGUUGAUUCGCCUGCCAGGCCAACUGCUCUACCACACGCCCUUUUUCACAUGCGUCGUCGUCAUGGCUUCGGUAGUCCAUCUCUCGUACUGGUCAUUCCUCGUGCCCGAUGGCCAAGACGAUAUCAUCAAACAAUCUAUCCGUCUCGACGUGGGCACAUUACAGCAGUACUCCAACACAUGGCCGAUUGCCAGUGUCGUGCUCGGCCAAGUCCGCGGUGUAGCGCACACACUAUUCAACAGCAAGAAGGCCAUGGGCAUCCAUUUGUGGAGCAACAUUGACCAAAGUGACAUCAUUCGCAAUGUGAUCGAGGAGGGAGGCCACGUCCCGCAGCAGCAGUACGCACAAUUGAUUGCACCGAUGCUCAAGUCUUAGGCGUCGACGUUGCAGGAACGAUUUCAUUCAUCAACGUGUUUCAAUAGUCUCACUCGUUUCCUGUCAGGCGUCGUCUGCUGUUUCGGCGCACCGAGAAGCAGAAAGCCAGCACAGCGAUGGCAGGAAGCUUUUCACAAGGUGUAAUAUGGCCAUAGAUUUCUCCUUGAGCUCGUGUCGCCCCCAUGGCUGCCGUCCCUUGUUCGUUCUCUCCUUUUUCUCCGUCGAUGCAAUGUCUAUUUUCUACGCAAGCGUUGUUUGUACUCUUAGACAUUUGAUCAUUUCCUGUUUCUCAGUCUUGUCAAUCUUGGGUCCAUUUCUGGUUGGAUUUUCUAUUUUUAUUUUAUUUUUGUCCUUUUUCUCAUGUCACUGUACAACGAGACACGUAUACCAAAGUUUUCAUAUAUCUAGCCACACACUUGCACGAAUGCUGUUGCUCCUGCUCUCUUAUUCGUUCCCCUUUUUUUUCCAUCUGUUUUGUUUUUUGUCAUGUCAGUCUU